AUGAAGUGGGGACGACAGAGUAACAUGGUGGUGGGAAGUAAAAACCAUGGCCUACUCGUUACCAUGUUGGUACUAGUUUUCUUUAGCCAGAAAUGUCUAGGCAGUAGGAAAGCCAACUGGGAUGUUGUACCUCCCGGUUGCAUGAACUGCACCAUCUGCCCUUAUGCCUGCCACCCUCUCAAUCCGCCGCCACCGUCGCUUGACUACCCAACCGGCGGAGUUCCACCGCCUCCGCCGGUGCUGCCUUAUCCUUCAGAUGUUGUGCCACCGCCACCACCACCACCACCACCAUUGAAUUGCACAACUGUACCAGUCCAGUGCUGUCAAUAUCCUACUAGUGGUACUACUCCGACCAUCACCCCUCCCGUUGGGUAUGGAUACCAGCCUGUUGAUAAUAACUCUGCUUCUCUUUCACCUGUCCACUUCAUUUCGGUUAUGGUAUUGUUGUUCUCCAUUGUUGCUCUGCUCUAG